AUGGAUUCGGCACAAGCGUUACUGGACCACGUCGACGAUCUUACGGAUCUUGAGCUGGCCGUCCUCGUCAGCCUCGUCGCCCAGCAUCAUUGCUUGGUAGUGGCCAGCGAUGAUUUACUCGAUGACCUGGCAUCCGAGCUUGCACUGAUUGUCAGAGACAUGUUCAGUCUCUCGUACAUCAUACUAGAUCGCGACGACCUACAGUCUAUCAAGACAUUCGGCGCUGCUAUUCUGGAUGAUGAUAACAAUGAGUGCGAUGAUAUUCCUCAUGGGUCGGAUAUUGAUGUGGAGAGUUCGGGCAUGCUCCAUUCAAAGGUUUCAUCUGUAAAUUUUGGCGGAGGUUCUUCGCAUUUUGUGGAUACCCAGAAAUUGGACACAAGGAGAGUGGUCAACGUUAUCAUCGCGAAGAACUUCAACCUCGCACAUCAAGACGUGCAGAUCCAGGCUCUCGAGCUUAUUAGGAAGCGGAGAAUAUACAGCCGAACAACCGUACAUCUUGCACCCGCGGUAUUCCUGCUGCUUCCGCUUGUUUCUACCUCCUCUAAACAUAUCCGAUUGAACAAACACCUUAACGACCGCAUAUUCAUGUCUCACUCUCACUCCUCAGAAGAUGGAUUUCCCAACCUAGAGGAGUUAGAUGACGCGACAAAUUCCGGAGACCAUGACUCGACUUAUUCCUACUCCCGUUCUCCAAGUGUGAGACGGCAGCAAAUGAUUGCGAGCCGCCGGAUCGACGCAAAGUUGAUCGAGCAACUUCGAGCCCAUGGUCAGACAGCAACAAUCACCCCGGAGAUUCGAAGGUAUCUUCAGGAUAUUGUAGCGUUCCUUCGGAUGGAGAGAGGCGUCGACGGAGGCGUAUCGCCGUAUGCAACGACGCUUUUCCUUGCCCUAGCAAAAUAUCUGGCCCCAUUGCACGGAAUUGACUAUGUCACUCCGUCCUUGGUCGCGUUGGCGGCAAAGAAGAUAUACCCGCAUCGAAUUAUCAUGGCCACCCCGGCUCGCGAACGAAGCACUCAGUAUGGAACUGAUCUUGCAUCCGCACGAUAUCUCUUGGACGAUUUGAACCCAGAUAAAGUGAUCCAGAAUGUCCUUGAUGCAGUUGAAUGCCCAACAUGA